CAGGAGAGGGUUGAGGUCCGGCGUUCCUAAAACUUCCUCUCUCUCUCUCUCUCCCCCAGUGUGUCCUGCCUUGGGUACAAUUUCCCAUAACAAAGACCAACUUUAGAGUGACUCCAAGCAGUAGAAGUUCUACUACUCUGCUGGAGACUGUGAGAAGUGUGUGUACUGUGUGAGUGAGAUCACGACAUUAGAGAAAAUCGAUCGAUAGAAUGGUGAGAUCUGGCACAGCUUCAUGUUUCAAGCUCAUCAAUUGCGCCGGCAACAAUGACUCCGUCGACAGAGAUGAUCUUCAAGCUCCUGAGAGUAAGGGCUCAAGUGAUAGAAGUAGGUGGAGUUUCCGGAAAAGAUCUGCAAGACAUCGAGUGCUGAGCAACUCUGUUACCUCAGAAACACCUUUUGUGAGCAAGACUGAUCCGGAUACUGCUGCUGUCAGCUUGCAGACGCAGGCUAGCUCUACUAUUCGAGAUAAAACCUCUGCUGCUCAAUGGACAGAGGAGAAAAACGAGGUGCAAAUUCCUGUGGAUUCAAAAUCAUCAUCAGCUAUAGCUUCUGCCGAGGAUGAGAACGGAAUUGCCAGCAUCCUGGAUGAAGCAAUUGUAAUUGUCAUCCAAUCUGCAGUUAGGAGAUAUCUGGCUCAAAGAGUGUUAUUGAAGCAUAAGAAUAUAAUUAAGUUGCAAGCUGCUGUACGUGGACACAUAGUUAGGCGGCAUGCUGUGGGUAGCCUUCGAUGUGUCAAAGCCAUUGUUAAAAUGCAAGCGCUUGUCCGAAAACGCCGUGCUCGCUUGCUUCUAAAACGGUCAAACAUUGAAGAAAAUUUAGAUGAAAAGAAUGGAAUUAACAAUCAUGGUUCAUUCAUGGAGAAAGAAAAUACGGGGACCGAGCCAUACACAUAUACUUCCAUAGAGAAGUUGCUAAGUAAUGCAUUUGCACGUCAGCUUCUGGAAUCAACACCCAAGACCAAAACCAUCAAUAUCAAGUGUGAUCCUUCCAAGUCGGACUCAGCCUGGAAAUGGUUGGAGCGCUGGAUGUCCGUUGCAUCAGUGGAAAAUGGACAGUCACAGAAAUUAGAGUUUGCUAAAGAUCAACAAGGUAAGGACGACAUCGUGGAAGCAGACUGCCAACUAGAAACUGCAGUAUCAUCUCCAGAAAAUUGUCAAUCAAGAGACAUCAAGAGUAGUGCUGAAGCAUUGUCACUGGCUUCCGAAGCUGAUAAUAAUGUCAACACAUAUGAUGCAGACAGCUACAACUUUCAAGAAUGCAGGCCAACCGUAUCUUCAGUGAGUCACAGCCACAAGCAGUCCCAUCCUCAAAAUGUUGAACAAGCAAAUUUGAGCAAUAACACAUUAGAAUCUCUACCUGAUGAUCAUAGAGCAUCUGAUGUUUGCAAAGCUGAGCCUGAUUCAUUUCAUGAUCAAUCUGAAAUGGAACGCAGGCAGCAUGUGGACGUGUCCGAGAGAACUGCACCUGAAGGUUCUGAAAUUGAUGGAAAGAAAUCUUCAUCCGUAUCAAGAAAGGCAUCAAAUCCUGCAUUUAUUGCAGUUCAAUCGAAGUUUGAAGAACUUAGUUCAGCUGCCAAUUUAGGAAAAUCAGUUGGUUUGUCCAAUCAAGAUGCUGGUGUAGAUUAUUCUAUGGAUGCUGUUUUACCUGGCACAAAUCAUGCAUUUGGUGCCAGGGAAAUUGAUCAUGCUGAAAGUUCUAUUCCCCAAACUUCUGGAAUUCAAGUUGGUGGCUCUGAAUGUGGGACUGAACUUUCUAUUUCUUCCACACUUGAUUCUCCGGAUAGGUCUGAGGUUGGAGUGGUUGAUUUUGAGAAGGAAACCAAAAGUUCGGAGUACGGCACUGAAAAUCCUAAGAGCAGUCUAAACUUGGAAGUUGAUGAAAAGGUUGAGUCCAUACUCUCGGAGAGAGAUGUAUCACACUCAAAUUCGAGUCAGCCAGAGAAACAGGAGAACAGUACUGCUGUUGAAUCCGAGCAUGUGAGCUCUAUAGUGACUGUUGAAUCAUCUGAGAUAGAGGAGAAGCCAGAUUCUAUUGCCACUGGUGUGCUUGUGGAGAUGGAAUCUGAGUCAAGCCAUCCAGUGUCUAAAUCAUCACCUGAAGCUUCUCCAAGAAGCCAUGUAACAAUCCCUGAAUCCCAUGGAACACCUUCUAGUCAGGUGUCAGUGAAGCCCAAGAGAAUCAGGAGUGGGAAGCAUGGUACCAAACAUAAACAUGGACCUGUAUCUACUGGUAAAGAAUCCCAAUUGGAACCUAAUGAAGAUAAUGGUGCAAGAAGUAGCUCAGAGCAUUUAUCGAGGGAGCAUAAAGCAGGGAAGCGGCGCAACUCCUUUGGGACAGCUAAAACUGAUCAUGGUGAUCAAGAACCAAGGGAAAGUAGUAGUAGCAACUCUCUGCCGAGUUAUAUGCAAGCAACAGAAUCAGCAAGAGCCAAAGCUCUUGCUAAUAACUCUCCAAGAUCAAGUCCUGAUACGCAGUACAAGGAUGUGUACAUUAAAAAAAGACAAUCCCUAUCUGGUUCAAACACAAGACAGGGGUCACCUCGUGUCCAGCGGUCUCUGUCUCAGGCACAGCAGGCUGCCAAGGGAAAUGGAACUCAUUCUCCUCAAGAGAGGAAGUGGCUAAGAUGAACAUAUCGAUGACACAAUGCACAUGAUGCUCAAGAUUCCUUGAAGGUUUAUUUGCGCGGAUUUGACCAAUUUACAGGACUGGCCAUCUGCUGGUGAUUUCUGGCAUUUUGCUCUUUAUGAUUCAUACUAAAACUGGUACCUCAGGCUCAUACUUUUCAGAGGCGGAGAGAUGUGAAGAGACAAAUUUCAUGUAAAUUAACAAAUUGCUCUUAAUUUCUUCUUUUGUUUAUUUUCCCCUGCUUUGCCUAGUGAAGAUUCGUGGUAAGGUUUGCCUGUAUGCUUGCUGUAAUUUGUGAUUGAUCACUGCAUCUUGACACGAUUUUGUGUGGGGCAAUAUAUAAUUAAAAGAAAUGGCUGCUUGGCUAAGUUUUUAAGUCA